UCAGAGCACUUGUAAUAUCAAAUGCAAUAGCAUUGCGCGUUCUAGUGGCAUUUUACGGUAUCAUUAGAAAAGUUUUUUAAAACUUAUUCGACAACAAUGACAAAAGAAAAAGAACAGGACGAAAUUAUACCAUCUCCGUCUUAUUUAGAUUCGUGUGUAAAGACAUCAUUUGAUUUCCCGGAUUAUCCCCUCACAACUUCAAAAGUAUUCCGCACGGGACGACCAUCCAUCUCCGCCCCGCACUCUCGUUCUUGCUCCAUGAGGAAGGUUAAUCGUGACAAAAAUGCGCUUCUCAUUGACAGAAAAAGACGCAACAGUCUUCCUAUGGACCUCGCAGACCUUGCAUGCCCAUAUAUUUCAUCAGACAUUCAGUCCACAUGUGAAAGUUCUCAAGACACUUUUCAACGUGUGAGGUCCUUCAAAAUGACAUCCAAAGGGCUCGUUAACCACGGUGACUCCCUCAGAAACAAGAGCAAAUCUAAGACUUUCUCGCGAAGUAGUUCUCUAAAAGACAACAGACGACAGCGGAUAUCCAGUGAUACCUCGGACGAUACCUGUAGCUCGGUGUCCAGUUGUUCCGGGGGUUACUAUCGUGUCGUCAUCCUAGGGAGCCCCAGUGUGGGCAAAACGGCCCUCAUGAACCAGUUUAUGACGUCAGAGUACACGGGAGGACUAGAUCUGGGAACAGAGGAAGAUAGCGACACCAUGAGUGUUUCGGUUCUUUUGGAUGGCGAGGAAUCUUCUCUAGAAUUUCUGGAUGUUCAUGCCCAGGACAGUGUCGGGGGAGGUUUCUUCGAUGCCUUUGUCUUCGUGUACUCUGUGGAUGACGUGGCCUCGUUUGAGUCUGUGGAAGAAACCAUGUACCACUUAAGACAUGACCUGGGAUCUGACCGUCCCUUCAUACUGGUUGCCAACAAAAUCGACCUUGUGCGAAACCGAAAAGUCAGCCCUGAAGAAGGUAAAAAGGUCGCCCAUCAACACGAUGCAAAAUACAUAGAGACCUCGGUGACUCUGCACCACCAUAUUGACGAGUUGUUGGUGGGAAUAUUACGUCAGAUCCGGAUUAAAUUAAACGUCAUUUACCCGGAAGUUACGCAGUCAAAGAACAGCAAAAAAGGACCAAGAGGGCUUUUGAAAAGGAUAUUCAGACUGAGCAGGAAAAACGAAGAACUUGUAGAAAAUGUCUUUGAAUAAUGGACGCUGGCUUUGUGUACAUGUGUCUGCGAUUCAUCAGUUGUACGUGGAUAACAUUGCCAGUUUAUCAUCGCGAUUUCUGAAUGGCCGAUGCAUGACAUUCUCAACUCUUCUGUUACGAAGAGCGCAUUUGCUCCAUUUGAUGAUUCUGUUGAACAAUAUUGUUAUGGACAUGAAUGCUAAUGCAGAAACAUUUCUUUCAUAAACAUUUAAAAUACAUACACUUAUGUACAUUACUACUUGUAUUCCAUAAACUUAUUUAUGAAAUACACAUGUACCGCGCAUCCGGUGAACUCAUAAAAAUGACGUCAUAAUUGACCUUAAUCCAUUAUCAUAUUGUCAUUAUGUCAUCAAGAGAGUCAAUUGUCAAAAUGCCAUUCAUAUACUACCGUGUGAAUAUCAUUCCAAUCCUGUAACAUAUUCUAUUCAUCAACAGUUUGACAAUCAUGCUCUAUGUGAUAUUCUAUGUUUACUGCAAUAAACAUAUUUUAAUACUUGCA